AUGCGGAUCUCCUUCCUUCUCCUCACCACCUCUCUGUGUGCCUUGGUCCUCCUCCUCGCACCUGCCACGGAGGGCUGCGGGCCGGGGAGGGGGUACGGCAAGAGGCGGCCCCCGAAGAAGCUCAUCCCGCUCGGCUACAAGCAGUUCAGCCCCAACGUCGCCGAGAAGACCCUGGGAGCCAGCGGGCGGCCCGAGGGCAAGAUCACGCGCAACUCCGAGCGCUUCAAAGAACUGACGCCGAACUACAACACAGACAUCAUCUUCAAAGAUGAGGAGGACACGGGCGCGGACAGACUCAUGACCCAGCGUUGUAAAGACAAGUUAAACUCUUUAGCCAUCUCUGUGAUGAACAUGUGGCCAGGCGUAAAGCUGAGAGUCACAGAGGGCUGGGAUGAGGAUGGUCACCAUUCGGAGGAUUCACUCCACUACGAGGGCCGUGCGGUCGACAUCACCACAUCAGACAGGGACAGAAACAAGUAUGCCAUGUUGGCUCGUCUGGCCGUGGAAGCUGGGUUUGACUGGGUCUACUACGAGUCCAAAGCACAUAUUCACUGCAGUGUCAAGUCAGAGCAUUCAGUGGCAGCCAAAACUGGCGGUUGUUUUCCUGGUGAUGCACACGUCCUCCUCGAAGGCGGUGCGACCAAACCGAUGCGUGACGUUCUCCCUGGCGACCGUGUCUUGGCUUCCUCGUCCACAGACGGACACGGUCCUCUCCUCUACAGCCCCGUCUUGUCCUUUCUGGACCGCCAGCCCAACGUGACCAAGGUUUUUUACAUUAUUGGGACCGAUGCAGGACUUAAUAUCACCCUCACAGCGGCCCACCUGAUCUUCGCCACAGACUGCGUGGGCGGGCCCGAGGGGCUCACAUGGAGGGGCGGGCCUCGUGGGGGGGCGGGUCUGAGGACAGUGUUUGCCAGUGACGUCAGGCCGGGACAGUGCGUGCUCACGUCGACGGGGAAGGAGGGAUCUCAGGCACGGCUUUCAGUCGUAACGUUUGUGGAGCAGCAGAGGAGGACCGGGCUGUUCGCUCCGCUCACACAACACGGGUCGAUAAUGGUGAACGGCGUGCUGGCGUCCUGCUACGCCGCCGUGGACAGCCACCAUCUGUCCCACUGGGCCCUGGCCCCACUGAGACUUCUCUACAGCUUCACCGGGCCGUCGGCGGUGCAGAGCGACGGGCUGCACUGGUACCCCUGGCUUCUCGAGAAGCUGGGCAAAAUACUGCUGGACGCUGCACACUUCCACCCGUGGGGUAUCGAACAAUGA